AUGCCGGAUCCCUUGUUUGCAAGUUCAUCUCCGCCGGAGGCAGAUGCAGAAGUCGACCAAGUGGACAUAUUCUCGUCAAUCCCGCCGGUCUUUAUUCUGCCUACUCAUUUGUCAUUGGACGGGUUGCACGAUGCUGAAAGCCGGCUCGUCAACUACGGGGGGAAUAUCACCUAUGACAUCGCAGAAGCGGGGUUGAUUCUGGGAAGUAUUGGGCAAAAAAAAAGGGCUGCAUUGGAGCUGCGCUCGCGCGGUAUUUGGACCCAGGACGUUUCAGAACAUUUGCCUGCAGAUGAAGCCAGUUUGAAAGAUUCCGAACCCCCUCUUAAACGAAGGCGAAGUGAGCAACAUAGUCAGUCCGGGGGUGCGGAAAACGACAUCGACCUCAGCACCGAGUCCGAUUCCGGGUCUGAAAAAGAUACAGUGCAAAACCGAAGUCGUCAUCCAAAGCAUCUACUUCAGACGGCUGACGAUCAAAAAGGCUCAGUUCUUGUGAUCAAGCUUGAAUGGCUCGACGAAUCUAUCAAGGCUGGGAAACCGUUGCCGAAAGAGCCAUAUAUGGUUUACCACGGUCAAAAGAAGAUAGUGCCUACUGUUCCUGCGGAAACGGGAAAACAGAUAGGCGCCACAGGACAAAAAUCAAACCAAAUAAUUCAGCGCGCCAAAGAAGAUGCAGCGCUGCAAUCACCGCCAGUUUCCUCUAGUAGAUUCGGUGUUCGGCGCUCAAAGGAAAGUUUUGACAGAGGAUCUUCCAGCCAAAGACAACCCCCAACUUUAUACCGUCAGACAACCUCUGAACACGACGAACCUACGUCACUACCGCCUACUCCAGAUUGGGUGCGCGACCAGGUUCUAUACGCAUGCAUGCGCUCAGCGCCCCUGCAUCCCGCAAACGAGAAAUUUAUUUCACAACUUGAAAAAAUUCGCCGCAUUCGAGAGCUCACUCUUGACGAUAUUGGGGUACGGGCAUAUAGUACGUCAAUUGCCGCUCUCGCAGCAUACCCGUACACUAUUCAUCGACCAAACGAAAUCAUCGCCUUGCCCGGUUGCGAUGUGAAAAUUGCGAACCUCUUUGCCGAGUUUCAGCAGCAUGACAGUAACGAUCAUAGCGAAGAUGACGGGACCGUUUCUGCCGCAGCUGCCCUCGAGACGGAUCCGGUGUUGCGCGUUUUACACACUUUCUAUAAUAUUUGGGGCGUUGGUGCCAAAACUGCACGAGACUUUUAUUAUCACCGGGGCUGGCGCGAUCUCGAUGAUAUCGUCGAACACGGCUGGAACUCUCUUUCUCGUGUGCAGCAAAUAGGAGUCAAAUUCUACGACGAAUUUCUGGCUGGCGUUCCUCGCCCCGAAUCAGAAAGCAUUGUUGCUAUUAUCCGCAGGCAUGCAAAUCUUGUUCGCCCUGACGCUGGCAAUGCCAUUGACUGUAUUAUUGUCGGUGGAUACCGCCGAGGGAAAGAAAUUAGCGGUGACGUGGAUAUCAUGAUAUCCCACCGCGAUGAUGCGGUAACGCGAAAUCUCGUCCUUGAUCUCGUUGCCAGUCUCGAGAAGGAGCACUACAUCACCCAUACUCUUGCCUUGAACCUCACUUCCUCGCACCGAGAGCAGCAAACCGUCCCCUUUCGCGGCGAUGCCCCCGGGAAACAUUUUGACAGCCUCGACAAGGCCUUAGUGGUCUGGCAAGACCCGCACUUCGACAUCGGAGACGUCGAUGUCGACGAGAACACUCUACGCAAAAAGAAUCCAAACCCUCAUCGUCGGGUGGAUAUUAUCAUCUCGCCCUGGCGCACUGUCGGUUGCGCUGUGCUUGGCUGGUCUGGUGACACGACUUUCCAGCGGGAUCUACGCCGCUAUGCAAAGAAGGCCCAUGCAUGGAAGUUUGACUCGAGUGGUGUUCGAGAGCGAACAACUGGCGGCCAGGUUGUUGACCUUGAGCAUGGAGGAGAAACUUGGCAGGAAAGGGAGAGGUUGGUUAUGGAGCGGUUGGGAGUUGGAUGGAGGCCGCCGGAGGAGCGAUGCACACGGUAG